CGAUCCUGUCGUCAAGAUCCGUAUUAUUCCUAGAAAGUAAAAUACGAUCAGAGACUCAUUUUGCGAGGCAGUUGAACCCCCACGGGAAGCGUUGAUGCCAUGCUCAAAAGACGAUGCGAUGUUGCUUGUUGUCUGUGCUGCCAUUACACGUGAUUGCUGACUCAUAUGUUGCUCGUUUUCACAGGGGCAACGCGCAUCGUCCGGCAAACCCCGUCGGCCAUGACGGUUACGAGGCGAGAGGUGUUGGUGAUGACGGCUCAAUGUCGAGAUCAGCAUCCAGUGUCAUGAAUCUCGUAUCAACUGCUGAGUUCGAGGUAAUUGCGCAUGAUGUACGGCCUGAUAUGACCUGGUUGUUUUUUGUCAGCUUCCACUGCUUCGACCUCUCAGCCCUGGAGCGGACCACGGUUUUGUCUCGUUCCGAAUCAAAUAUUCAGCACGGCGAUGUCCAGGAUAGAUCUUCUACAGGAUCACCAGCCUUGUUAUUCGUCUGAUCCCUCAUUACAGGGCGCUUUGACAUGGUUGCAUUCACCUUGUUGCCUGUUCUGAGGAGGAAAGAAGACGGUCGAGUUAUCAAUCUCCAACGUCUAUAUAUGGACACGAGCCAAACAGAGUCAAGUCUCAUUGCAUGAUCUGCAUCCCGCAGCCAACCCAGGAGCCACCACCCUGAUACGAUGUCGUCAACUUGCAAUGCACAGCCUGGCAAUUCAUCAUUGGUCUCACAGACCACUCAAUUACCGUUAAGCUUCUGGUUACAUACUAUGAUACGACGAUCGGGUUAGCGGAGGCGCAUACUCGCGCCGAAGACGCCCGUAUACACGUGUGUAUCCAUCAUGUGCAUAUUUGCCUCUCGCAAUACUCCGGACCAGGUGGGCUCCUCAGCCUUCUCGUGCAUGUUUCCCAAGGCUUGCUAUGCAUGGAAGUGAGAGUGUGGGCAAAAGUGAGGUUGAUGGUGGUGUUGAUAUCCAGCAGCCCGACUGGUAAAUAAUCAUUUAACUGGCCAGUCAGUUCAAUAGACUCGUUGCUAUAAACAAUCGC